AUGUCGAAAAGCGAAAAGAGGAAAGGACCUCUGGCGCCUCAGAAGUCCCGCAAAAGGCAGAAAGUGUCCCUCCAAACCAAGUCUCACGCGAACAAAGGCCCCGUUAUUCGUGGCGACGCGUUGAAAUGGAAGACUGUCGCUUUACCGAAGAGACUGGAGGACGCAGAAGGUUUCUAUGGCUUGGAGGAGAUUGACGAUGUCGAAGUGGUCCGAGACGAGAGCAACAACCAUGUGAUGUUCAGGCCCAGCUCGGCGGCCGCCGUGGAUAUUGCUCAUGGCGACUUCGAAGGCUCUGGGGAAUGGUCGGGGUUUGACGACAACAAUGACGGUGUAACCCCAGCACCUCUACUGAACGGUGUGUCGGCCGAUUCUACUGACGGUGUUUCGAAGCACUCGAAGCCGCACAAAGGACUUGAGCACAAGUCUCAGCCCAAAGCCAAGAGGAGGGAAGAGAUCACUGCCGAUAUGAAUUUCGAUAUCCUUCGAGAGCGGUCGGAAGAGUCAAAGGUUGAUGUUUCAGCUUGGCAGGACCUCGCCCUGUCGCCCAUUACCCUAUCCCAACUCUCACGUCUGGGGUUCAGUAAACCUACGCCAAUACAACGAGCCAGUAUCCCUGCCAUCACCCAGGGUCACGACGUCAUUGGCAAAGCUGUCACAGGAUCAGGAAAGACCCUCGCAUUUGGCUUGCCGAUAUUCGAGAGCUGGCUUUCCGGCGAGGAUCAACCGACGAAAGGCACCAACAGUGGUGAUGACGCGAUCUUGGCUCUCAUCCUCGCACCUACGCGAGAGCUAGCUCUGCAGCUGAACAAGCAUCUGAACGAGCUGUGCAUCGGCCUGGAGAGGCGCCCAAAGAUCAUCGCUGUUACCGGUGGGCUGUCCAUCUAUAAACAACAACGACAGCUCCAAGACGCAGACAUCGUGGUCGCGACACCAGGACGGUUCUGGGAGGUGAUGAACGAUGCUUCUACCAAUCAAGACGUGGAUGCUCUGGUCGACCGGCUGAAGAAGAUUAAGUUCUUGGUGGUGGAUGAAGCAGAUCGCUUGUUGAGUGAAGGUCACUUCAAAGAGGUUGAGGAGAUUCUCGACGCGCUGGACCGACAAGUUAUCGACGAGGACAAUGACGGCGAAGCAACGGAGAAGCCGCCGAACUCUGACCGGCAGACUCUUGUAUUUUCUGCCACGUUCCACAAAGGUCUGCAGCAGAAGCUUGCCGCGAAGCAGAAGACUGCAAAGCGGUCUGACAGCAAUCUUCUGAGCAACCACCAAUCGAUGGAAUACCUGCUUCGGAAACUCUCCUUCCGGGAGGAGAAGCCCACUUUCAUCGACGUCAAUCCCACCUCGCAAAUGGCGACUGCGCUUUCCGAGUCCAUCGUCGAAUGCGCUGCCAUGAAGAAGGACCUCUAUCUCUACUCCGUCAUGAUGCAGAAUCCGGGCAAAAAGAUUCUGGUGUUUACGAACAGUAUCGCAGCCGUCAAGAGAGUGACUGCCUUUCUCCAAGCUCUGAAGCAGCCCGCAGUGGGUCUGCACUCGACAAUGCCACAAAAGUCGCGAUUGCGGUCACUCGAAAAGUUCACAGCUCAGAGUACAGUGCUUGUAGCUACGGAUGUCGCAGCUCGAGGCUUAGACAUCAAAGGUAUCGAGUUGAUUAUUCACUACCACGUACCCAGGACCGCAGACAUGUACGUGCAUCGAUCUGGAAGAACGGCUCGUGCCGAGAAUUCCGGGCGGUCCAUCCUGCUUUGCUCGCCAGACGAAGUCGCUGGUGUGAGAAGGUUAAUCGCUGAGGUACACAAGACCGACGAGCCCCCAGAUACUAUUCAGUUGGAUGGAAGACUCGUGCAACAGCUUGAGCCUCGCGUGGCACUGGCACAGAAAAUCACGGAUGCUACUCAAGCCAAGGAGAAAACAGCGAGCAAGGACGGAUGGUUGAAAACCGCGGCCGAAGAGCUUGGUGUGGAGUAUGACAGUGAAGAGUUCGAGACACAGGGGCAAAGAGGCAAAAGGGGACGGGGUGGCGGGCGGGCCAAGAAAGAGAAAGAAAAUGCCACGAUCAGCAAAGAUCAGGUCUCUGAAUGGCGGUCGGAACUUGACGCUCUCUUGAAGAAAAGAAUCAACCUCGGAGUUAGCGAAAGAUACAUUGCAGGUGGGGGGGUUGACGUGGAAGCACUACUCGAGGGGAGGAUGGACCGAGCGUUCCUCAGUCGCUAA